AUGUCCACCCAAAAGUCCGAGCUCUCGGAGCAGCCCCAGCAGCAGAAGCCCCAAGUGCUGGAAGAAGACGACGAAUUCGAGGACUUCCCUGUUGAAGACUGGCCCCAGGAAGAAGCCGAGCCUACCGCUGGCUCAACGGCAAAUGGUGGAAGCGAGCAUCUCUGGGAGGAGAGCUGGGAUGAUGAUGAUGCCGCGGAGGAUUUCUCCAAGCAGCUCCAAGAAGAAUUAAAGAAAGUCGAAGCGUCAUCCUAA